CCUCUUUCAUCAGGCGGGUGAUUUGCGUGUUUCCCUGUAAUGUAGCGUUAAACUACUUUCUGACUGUUAUCUUAAUAGUAUCAUUACUGAAACACAGUGACACAGACACACAUCAUACAGCUGCUCUUCAUUUAGCUACAUAACGUUAAACGAAGCCAGCUAAGCUAAGAGCGGUUAGUUAGCUUAGUUAGCUUAACUAGUUAGCUGAACUAACGUCAAAUAAAAUGUCUCUGAGCGCCGUACUCGGAAUAUUAUCAAGCCUGAAGUCGUGCCAGGCAGACAUCGGGACGGGGAUGGACAUAGUGACAGAUGUGGCGAUUGAUCUGGCGGAAGCUCAGGAUGGAGAAGGACACCCUGGCAUUAAAGACAUGGAGGCCAUGAUUCUCGAGUGUGCCCAGCUGGACAGGGAGAUUAACUACUUUGUUGAUGUUGUGCAACAAGUCACAUCAGAGGUUACUACACAGCAGCCAGAGGCCAUGUUCAGCCUGUCUGACAAAGUGAAGGAGCAGUUUAAUGAGAGAAUAGCCAGACUCUCUGACACCGAGCUGCAGAAUCACCAGAAAGUAGUGGCCUUCAAGGACAGCAUCAGGAACUCUCUCAACCAAGCCAACCAGGAGUCAGCAGAGAACAUGGAGGAGCUUGAUGAGGACAUUGCUGUUACACAGAGCCAAGUCAACUUCACCUGCCCACUCACGCAGGUGGAAAUGGUAAACCCGGUGAAGAAUAAGAAGUGCAACCACCACUACGAUGAAGAAGCCAUACGGGGCGUGAUCAAAGCAAGACACAGCCAGAGAAAGAAAUGCCGCUGUCCUGUAGUGGGCUGCGGAAACACAGACAUCAGCGAGUCAGACCUGAUUCCUGACCAGAUUCUGAGGAGAAGGAUCCAGAGCCAAAAGAGGCAGAGCAACCGGACGUAGUACUCAAUAUUUUAAUUUGAGUAAUUUAUCAUAAAGCUCAUGCCUUGGUUAUUGUUAUUUGCAUAAUAACAAAGGAACAUUUUGUUGACAGUAUUUUCAGCUAAUUGUUUUCAUCAUCAGUACACUGAAGUUGCUGACCUAUAUUUGCUGGUUUUUAUGGAUAAUUUUUUUUUUUUUUCAUUUUCUAAGCUCUGCUGUCCAGUUGAAUUUUAAUUUCAAACUUGUUUGCAUUUCAGCUACAGCAUUUUGGAUACUCAAGUCAUGUUGAAUGUAAAUAAAGGCUGCAGAUAUUUGCAUAAAAUAA